AAAAAGUAAACAAAUUCUGUUAUCUUCGAGAUAAUUCUGUUUUAAUAAAAUAAUUUAGUCUGAAUGUUUUAUCGUCACCUAAUUAAAUUGUGUGUUGAGUAUACACGCUAGAUAAGUAUAGUUACCGAAACUUAAACAAAAAGUAGACUGCUGCUAAGAAAUUGAGGAGAAAAAUGUUCAAACUACUCAUAGUAAGUUUAGCUGUAAUUGGAACAGUUAACCUAAGCGAUGUUAAUUACUACCAAAUUUUAGGUGUAUCUAAACAGUCAUCAACUCAAGAAAUUAGACAAGCUUAUAAAAAAUUAGCUAUAAAAUUUCAUCCAGACAAAAACUCGAAUAAAGGAGAACAAGAGAAAGUUAUUAAAAUCACAGAGGCAUAUGAAACCCUAAAAGAUCCAGAAAAGCGACGCAAUUAUGACCUUUACGGAACAUUCUCUUCGUACACAAGAAAGCAUGACUAUCGAUCACAGGCUGAGUAUAAUAAUUUGUUCUAUAAUGGUUUGUACCAUGAUGAUCCCAAUGUGGAUACAUUGUCAGGACAUAAUUUCUAUAAUUAUCUAAAUGAAGGCUUCUAUUUCAUUAAUUUCUACUCACCAUUUUGCCCGCCAUGUCAGAAUUUAGUAGAUCACUGGAAAAAACUAGCAGAAAUAUAUAAGGGUGUUGUAAAAGUAGCAUCUGUAAAUUGCAAAUACCAUAAUUCAUUCUGUUACAACUCAAUGAGAAUAGGCAGUUAUCCAUCACUGCUAUUUUAUCCAAAUGGUAAGCACGGUAAUUAUGUGCACUAUCGCGGUGACCGCACAAUAGAAGCACUGGAUCAGUUUGUUAUGACGUAUCUAAGAAGCCGUGUCCACGUGCCCACGGUCUCACAAUUGAGGAGCAAAGAUGCACCAAUGGCUUAUGUGCUGGGUACCAACAGGAUCGACAGAAAUUCCUUGACAAGGAUUGCUUAUCAUUUGAAUAAUCUAGUCACUCUAGCUAUAGUUGAAGACGACAGUCUACGUGAGAAAUUGACAAGAGAUGAAUAUACAACAGUUGUAUACAGAUAUAAGCAAGAUAGCAUAGAAAUUCAGAGCACAGAAGAGAAAGAUAUCCUUAAAGAAAUUGUUGACGCACUACCAAAGACUGAGUUGAUAGACCCCAAUACAUUAAAGAAAAUAAGGAACAAACUUCGAAGUGGCCAGUCAACACCAUGGGUGUUGUAUUUUUCGAAAAAAGGACAUAACAGACUUUUGUUGAACAAAAUGCGGUUGGAAUUUCCCGAUUUGCAUUUUGGCGAAGUUGACUGCGACAAAUGGGGCGAGCUAUGCGCGUCAUUACAAGCAGGGGGUUUGCAAGAACAAGCAGCGUGGGGUAUGCUCAAGCACGGCGGUGCGUACCAACGAGCAGCUGAUACUGAAGAUAUAAAAACCUUCAUCAGCAGUGCUGUACUGACCACCAGGCUCCAAACCUUGUCAGCUUCUGAUUUGACGCGAAUUCUUGACGGAGAUAUGGGCAUUUGGAUUCUGGUCGUCAUACCCUAUCAACUUCCGUGGGAUCACAUCGCGCAGACGUUCUCUCGGAUAAAUUUGCACUACGAAAAUUCAGAGAAUCUGAAUUUCGGCAUUAUGUCCUGUACAUUAGAAACAGAAAGGAUUUGUCGAGAAUUGGCCCCAAGCAAAGCCACAGUAUUAUUACAAGAUAGACGGAAACGACAUGUAUACAGCGGGAAUAUUGAGGAACACAGCCUGCUGGAGUAUAUACAGUUGAUUAUGGAUAGUGAUGAUUUGGAGUUAGACGAGCAUCAAGCGCUAGAAAUUUUAGACGCGUCGAUGCGCGACCACACUUGGCUGGUGGCGUACUUUCCGGCUCAGUGCGGACGCGUGUGCGAUCAAUUAGACCACGAAUGGCGUGUCGUUGCACAAAAGUUGCGACCAUUGGAGUUCGUUCGUGUGGGUAUAUUGCGAUGCAGUCGCGGCGCGGGCGGCCUGUGCACAAAUAUACACGCACCCAGCGCUCGUCUCUACCCUCUAUCCGCUGCUCAACACUACUCAAUAAGCCUGCAACACCUGUCUGAAGCACCAUACAUAUUGGAGUGGGCAAUGGGUCAUAUUGACGAUUCAGUAGAAAAACUUAAUUGGCAGACCUUUAGCAGAAAUGUUAUCUCUGAGGACUUACAUACCAGUGACAGAAAACCAUGGUUGGUGUACUUCCACUCUCCGCGGUGCUACAGGUGUUAUGAGAUGUACACAGAUUUUGCUAUAACUGGAAUUUUACUCAACAACGCCGUACAAUUAGGCAAAGUUAACUGCAUAACAGACCGCGGUCUGUGCCAACACGAACAAAUUACAAGUUACCCCUCCAUCAAACUGUACCUCGGGAGGAGCCCGCGCCAACAAUUCAGCAGCGUUAUAUCUUUCAAGGUCAAAGACUAUACAAGUCUGAUCAACGAGAUCCAACCGCAUUUGGUGAAUUAUGAGAACAUAUUAUCAGGCGUUGAUGAUCUCGGUAUAAGAGGCCAAGCCUUCCAUGUUAAGCAUGAUGAGUUCUGAUGUUCUAGAAAGUUCUAAAAUAUUUAUAGACAGUUUAUAGCAUUGAGAAAUUUAGAUUCCCAUCGCAUUCAGAUUAUUAUAGAGUUACGAGGUUUAGAAAAUUUUAGAAUGGC